GGUUGUCCCCCUUCUUUUUGGAUGAAAGAAUGGAAAACAUGUACACCUGCACAGCUAACCCCAUUUCAAUCACAGCUGAUAUCAUCUCAUGAAAAGUAACUCUUCUUUCUCUCCUGAAGAAUGUCAUAACAUUUCAUCAGUUUUUCUGUUCUGCAAUUUAUCAUCAUCAAACAAACAAGGACAGUAUAUUUCCUCCAGCAUAGAAGAGGCUAUGCACUUCUAGUGAACAUAUCUGAGGAGUUGUCAAUAUUGCCAAAUACAAGAGUCGGCAUGGAACCAUCAGUAACAAUCUGUGUCUUAUACUUACAUGCAUGCAUGUAUGCAUAAUACAACCAGUGUCGGUGUGUUCACGUUUCUCUAACUUAGCAGUUGGGUUAAAAAAAACUGAUAGAAUAAGUACCAGCCUUGAAAAAAUAAAAGUUCUGGUGUUAAUUCAUGCGGCUAAAAUUCUUCAGUGCUGUGCCCUAGUAUGACCACAACCUUAUGACUGGAACAAGUAAAAGAUAAAAGAUCAGUACGGUUAUUUUCGUUUAAUAGUUUUUUAUGUGUGUUUAACAUGCUAAACUACAGCUUUGCCUGUACAUGACUUGAUUGUUAACUCUUUACCUGCACGACCUCAAAGGCUAUGCUGGUGCGAGGUUGAACCAACCACUUGCAGAGGCAGUCUGAUUGAUUUAAAAAUCACCAAGGUAGAAGAGAAGAGUAUGGUGCGUAAACCCCGUUUUCUUGCUAGUCAGGGUAUCGACAUUUACUGUUAAGACUAAGAAAGAAAGACAUCUUGGUCAGAAACUGUUUAAAGAAAAGCACAUAAAUUCAACGUACAACAAUCAGCCAUCACACAGGUUUUCUGAAACCUGUCAGCGAGAGAGAGAUUGAGAGAAUAGCGGUGUAUAGAAUACGAACACAACGAAUUAUAUUAAAGAGAGGGAGAGAAAGAUAAAAUAACGAAGACACAUUGGUAUAAAUGUCUCUGAAUUAUAAAUAGUUUUUAUUUAUUUCAAACCCUUACGUUUUACAAAAUACAAAUAUUUACAUUAAUUUCAGACUCGUCUAAUUAUGCUGUUGUAAUCUAAACAGCAGUUAUAUUAAAUGCAGCCAGCAUUAACCAUCGAUCUCAUUCUUGUAAAUAAUAGUGAAAGUGCCGGUUUUAUUAAUGGAAAAUUGAUAUCGUAGGAUUUAUUUAAAUUUAUAUUGACCAUGGGUAAAAGUGGCAAGAAAAAUAAGAAACAAACUGCUGACGUGAAAGAAGCGGCUUCUAAAGAUCCUAACAACGCAUCGAAGAAAAACGUGCGGAAUAAACCGAACUAUAAAACCAACUGGCAGAAUGUGAUGCUAGCCAAAAUUGGUGUUUUGGGGACAGCUUUUUUAGUUUCUGUAGUGGCAUUGAUAUUUUCUACCUCAAAUGAACAACAGCCAGUUUUUGCUGGUGCUAAAGAAGGCCAUGAAAAACUUGUUGCUGAAAUACCAUGUUCCAAGGAUUAUGUUUCUGAACCAUUCAAAGGCUGCAUUCCAUCCCAAUGUAAAAGAGUUGUGUUGGACCACAUGGUGACUAUAGAUGAAGCAAAAUCUCUAUUACGGCUUGCUAAGAAAGGUCUUGCUUUUGGAGGUUCUGAUGGUGGAGCAUCCAUUUUAGAUUUACAUUCCGGUGCUUUGUCGAAAGGGAAUUCAUUUGUGGACAUUUUUAAAAUGUUGGGAAGCAAAUUCAGUGAAGUAUUCACAAAAGAAGAUUUUCAGAUUUACAAAAGAGUGAAAGAAAAGGUAUUUCAAGCCAUCAUUAAUGAGUUCAAUAUCCCUCAUACAGAUCUCUAUCUUACUAAACCAACCUUCUUUUCAAGAAUGACGCCAAAACCAGCUAAAACCAUUCAUGAUGAAUAUUGGCAUUUACAUAUUGACAAGAAAACUUACGGCACCUUUCACUAUACAUCUCUCUUGUAUCUAACCACCUAUGGAGAAGAUUUCACUGGCGGCAGAUUUACAUUUGUUGACAAAGAUAAAAAUUCCACUGUGGAACCUAAAUUGGGUCGUGUAUCAUUUUUUACUUCAGGAUCAGAAAAUCCUCAUUUUGUUGAAAAGGUUUCCUCAGGCGAGAGAUAUGCAAUCACGAUUUCAUUCACAUGUGACCCAACCAAAGCAAUCAAAAUCCAAUGAUUUCACAUACUGAUCCACUGGACCCAGUGAAUCCCCUACAUAGAACUUCUUUUAUUUUUAUUUUUCAUAUAUUUCUUUGUUUAUUCAAAGCAAUAGUCUUCCAUACUCAUAAACAUACACACACACACAUACACACAUAGAUGCAUACACACACACAUACACACACACACACAUACAUACACACAUGCAUACACGCACAUAUGGGACAACAUUAAUUCUGAAACUGAACUAUUGCAAAGAGAACAACUUCUCUAAAAAAAUUUUUUUUAUUGGUGAACCCAAGGUUAUGACUGAAGACACUUGCCUGAGGUACCACACAGUGGGAUUGAACUCAGAACCACAGAACCACAUAGUUUCAAAGUAAACUUCUUAACCAUACAAUAAAGAAACAAUUAUUACUCAUUGUUGUGAUGUAAGGAA